AAAGUCCAGUUGCCUCUUAAAAAAGCAGCUUUGGGACAACCAUGACCUGAAUGAUGGACAAUCUCCAUUCACUUUUGAGAAUACCAUGGACAACCAAGAAAUAAAGAUGAAUCAUUGAAUCAAUCAACCAACCAACCCAGAAUUCUUACUCAAGAAUCAAAUGACCAGGUUCAAAUUACUCGGUUUCGAACAAAUUUAAGUGAAGACCCAGCUCUCUGGAAAAGGCUCUGAUGUGGGAAAGAUGGAAGGAAAAAGAAGAAGAAGGCAACCAGAAGUAAGGUGGUGGCACUUAGUUAUAAUGGUGAUGGGGGCACACUUGGAAGACCAGAAGGACCAAGUUGGGGAUAGAUCAUCAUGGAGAAAAUCUACCGUAGAUAUGUGGAACCAUAUCUAGGAAUCAACACUGACUUAAUGAGACUUUCACAGAAUUAGCAGCAAAUAGCAGGAAACCAGAAUGAAAGAAAUUUAACUCCUCCAGGGUCUACACCCAUGACUCUGCCACUUCCAAUUCUCCUUUGUGCCAAGGGAUGUCUGAUCACAAACGUCAUUGAGAUUCUUCUCACGGAGAAUGAAAAAAACACCGAAUGAAAGGAAAGUUUGUCCCCGCUGAACACGAAGGAGUUUCUCAGCAAGUUGACCAGGAAAAGCUUUGGAGAUCCCCAAUCUAUCUCGCUGCAUGUCUGGUCAAGUUGAUGCCCAUUGGAUUCUUAACUAAAAUCAGCACUUUGUGCCUCCAGAGUUCAAUAGAGUUGAUGCCACUCGGCUUGUCUCUAAAGAAUUAGGUCAAUUUGACGGGUUUUCUGAAGAAAGAACUGUAGCAGGACAAAAGAGGACCAGAAAUAAAGCAAUCAGAAAUUUGUCAGAAGUCCGGAGCAUCUGAAAAGAUUCUGGAAUGAGUCUGGAAAAAGAUUCAGCUCCUCUCUGGACCACAACAGCGGAUGGGCAGGUGAAGCUGCGAAGGGACCCCACCUGCUCACAAGCGCCGAUAACAAUUCACCAGAUGUUCCUAGAAUCUCUAGAGAAAUACAAGUCUCUCAACGCAUUAGCCAGCAAAAAGGAUGGGAAAUGGGAAAAAAUUACUUUUUCGGAGUAUUACCACCUUUCUCGGAAAGCAGCCAAGAGUUUCCUGAAGCUCGGCCUUGAACGAUUCCACAGUGUUGCAAUUCUGGGUUUUAAUUCUACAGAGUGGUUCAUUUCGGCUGUAGGAGCUGUAUUUGCUGGAGGCAUUGUGUCUGGGAUCUACACCACCAGUUCUCCAGAGGCUUGUCAUUAUAUUGCUCAUGAUUGCAGAGCUAAUAUUGUGGUGGUGGAAAACCAGAAGCAGUUGGACAAGAUAAUGCAGAUCUGGGAUCGUUUACCAUACUUAAAAGCUGUCGUGAUGUAUAAAGAUUGUGUGUCUGAGAAACAUCCCAAUUUGUAUACGAUGGAUGAAUUCAUGGAGUUGGGAGACGAAAUUCCGGAUGGACAACUUGAUGCCAUCAUCAACUCCCAAGAGGCAAACCAAUGUUGUGUCCUGAUCUACACCUCUGGAACGACAGGGAAGCCCAAAGGGGUCAUGCUGAGCCAUGACAAUAUUACCUGGACCUCUGCCCAUGCCAGUCGAGCAGGAGACGUACAACCAGCUGAAAUCCAACAGGAAAAGAUUGUCAGUUACCUGCCACUGAGCCACGUUGCUGGUCAGAUGUAUGACCUCUGGACUGGGAUCAAGUGGGGCGAAGAGGUUUAUUUCGCACAACCGGAUGCCUUGAAGGGAAGCUUGGUUGAGGUCCUCAAAGAAGCAUUGCCCUCUUCACAAAUGGGAGUACCCCGCGUGUGGGAGAAGAUGAUGGAGAAGAUCAAAGAGGUUUCUUCUCAAACCGGAUUGCUGAAGAAGAAGAUGCUGUCUUGGGCCAUGUCGGCCACUUUGGAACAAAACCUGAGCUGCUCAAAUAGGGACUCAAAGCCCUUCUGGAUGGGGUUGGUGGACUCUUUGCUCCUGGCGAACAUCCGGUGGGCCCUGGGCCUUUCCCAGUGCCAGAAGCAUUUCUCCGGAGCUGCCCCUCUCCCUGUGGAAGUCUCCCACUUCUUCCUCGGCCUAAACAUCCCUAUUUAUGAAGGGUACGGGAUGAGCGAAACCUCCGGUCCCUUUUGCAUAGCUGGGCCACAUGUGUAUCGACCUCACAGCUGUGGCAAGGUAGUCCCAGGCUGCCUCAUUAAGAUAGUCAACGAAGACAAGGAUGGCAACGGGGAGAUUUGCUUUUGGGGACGGAGCGUCUUCAUGGGCUAUUUGAACAUGGAGGACAAGACCAGGGAAGUGAUUGACCAGGAUGGCUGGUUGCACUCUGGAGAUCUUGGAAAGAUUGACCAGGAUGGAUUUGUUUAUGUCACCGGAAGAAUUAAAGAGCUGAUUAUUACAGCUGGAGGUGAGAAUAUCCCUCCAAUCCCCCUGGAAGAAGCUGUCAGGAAGGAGCUGCCACUUAUUAGCAACGCUGUGUUGAUUGGCGACCGGAAGAAGUUCUUGUCUAUGCUGUUGACCUUAAAGUGCUCAGUGGAUCCUGAUACAUCGGAACCCACCGACUGCCUGACCCAGGAAGCCAGAGACUUUUGUCAAAAAGCCGGCAGCAAAGCCACACGGGUGUCCGAGAUUGUGCAGACCAGAGACCAAGCCGUUUACCGGGCUGUGCAAGAUGGCAUAGACCGGGUCAAUAGGCGCUCUGUCAGCAACCCUCAGCGCAUUCAGAAGUGGGCGAUUUUAGGAAAAGAUUUCUCUAUUUCUGGGGGAGAAUUUGGUCCAUCGAUGAAAUUAAAGCGGCAAACGGUGGCCGAGAAGUACCAAAAUGAAAUUGAAGCUUUUUACAAGGAUUGAAGUUGAGUUGCCUUAGCUCCGUCAGAAGAAAUCCUGCCAGUUUCUUUUGUAAAGCCUUAACUGUUCCCAUGCAAACAUUACACUGGAAAAGGUAUGAAUAGUUUUUGCAAUGGGGGCAGAAAGCAUCUCUCUAUGACUUCUCAGUGUUAUUUUCAAUUUAGUAACCAAAAGACCGAAUCAUAACUCCCAAAUACAAUCCAGUUAACAGACUUUUAUUCUACUGCAGUUAUAUGGGCUAGAGAUGGAAUGAUUAGUUAAGCUGACCCUUGAAAAUGCUUUUAAAUCAAACUGUAUCUUAAUUUAUUCUGAAUUCCCCAGGAACUAUUCGAUUGCAUGGAUAAAGGUAAUUUUUAAGCCAGCUCUGGAAAAAAAACCAUGUCAAAUAAUAAAAGUAUUUUGUAAAGCAAACAUUGGCUAAAAAGUUUGAGGUACUUCAAAAUGUACCCAUGAAACUCUUUGCAAUGAGCCGUAAUAAUUGGUUCAGACGGUGCUAUUGCAUUUAUUACAAGCUUUUUAUCCUGCCAUAUUCCACAUGGCUCUAAGUAGAUUAUUUUAUUCAACAAAGCAACACUUUUCUGUGAUUCCAGGUUUUUCUCCAGCCUUAGUAGCUUCCAUUGAGAAAAUUUGAAGACUUUCUAUGAUUCAUGACAAAGCUUGUUUGUAACCCCAAUACUUAAAACUUAAUAUCCUUUCUAGAAUCAGUCUGAGAUCUUGCAGAGAUAAAAGAGGGAGAUGCAAAAAUAGAUUGACGGAGCAUUUAAAGCUUCACUUAUUAAAAGAACACAAAAAAGCAAGAAA